AUGGACAAUGAUUUGGAUCUGAAAUUCUUAGCUAUUGGCGAUUCGGGCGUUGGCAAAACGUGUUUACUCAAUCGAUAUGUUGAAGGUAAUUUCAAUGAAAAAUUAGCACCAACUGUUGGCAUUGAUAUUCGCGAUAAGUCUCUCUCGUACAAGUCCAAUGAAACAAAUAAAAUAUUUAAUAUUCAUUUGCAAUUAUGGGACACAGCAGGACAAGAGCGGUUUCGUAGUUUAACAUCAUCAUUCUUCCGUGAUGCAAUGGGCUUUCUACUCGUGUUCGAUUUAACAAGCGAAACGUCAUUUAUAAACGUUCGAAACUGGAUCACUGAAAUUCAGUCGAAUGCAUACUCAGAAAACGUGGAUAUGGUUCUUGUCGGAAAUAAAUCUGAUUUGAAUGAUCAACGAAUUAUCAGUAAAGCUCGAGCACUCGAAUUCGCUGCACAGUACCAGGUUGAUUACAUUGAAACAAGUGCUUUAAAUAAUAUCAAUGUUGGCGAAUCUGUUGAAUUACUCCUUCGUUCAGUGAUGAAUCGUUUGGAACAGAAUCAUACAUUAACAAAACCGCCGAGACCCACUGCGGAUCAAAUUACAAAGGAACUUUUAGAAAAUCGUACGAAAGAGAAGCCAAAUGUGUCCUUUUGCUGUAAUUAUUAA